GAUGGUGGUGACUGUAGAUUCUAGGGUUUCACGUAUCCUCAGAGCUCUGAGUACAUCGGUUAUCAUGGAGGUUCUGGAAUGUUUUCUUGCAAAUAUUUGUGUAGAAUCACUGUCUCGAGAGAUACAUGUUAUAAAAAGAAAAUAUAUUUUCUUUUCUCUGGAAUAUACGUUGAGCGUCUCCUUUUGUGAUCUUCUUAUUUGGUUCAUCUCCUUGAUCCUCUUUUACUUACGCUUUCCGGCGUAAGUGAUGGCUAACACUAGGGUUUUCAUCACUGAUCUCAAGUUAGGCAAGUGUUCUGACUCCUCCGGUUCUGGAAGGCCAGAAGUUUCAGAUGUGUCUUUAAAGCGUUGUUUGGAUCUUAGAGUUGGUUUGGUGUUUGUAUAACUAGAUAGGAGGAGGGGACACGAUCUCUUUUGGAAGACUCUUAUCUUAUUUUGAGGCUAUGGCUCCGGAAGAAGAGCAGCUGCUCAAACUUCGGGAAGAUGGGAAGAAAGCCAGAUGUGCUGCGUCCAGUGAAGCUACUGAUCUGAAUGAUGCAGGGCCAAGUUCAGUGUACAUCAGGCCAUGGCAUCCAAUGGUCAGCAUUAGGAGGCUUUCCUGGAACGUGCUAAGGCCCGAACAGAUCUCAAGUUCACUUAUGUUGUUUCUUGUCAGGUCUAUGGAAGCCAGAGAAAGUCUUUUGAUAUCCACAACAGGAGUUGCUACACAAAUAUUUUGCAGCUCAUGCCUGAAAUAUCUAUCACUACGGGUUUCUUAUGUAGGAGAGAGGGGAGAGACAGCAGAUGCUAAAUCUUCUAAGGUCUUCUACUCUGUUCUUCUCAAAGGAGGUAGCAAGUUUGAUGAGGACAACUACUUUGAAGAAGCUUUCAAUUUAAAAAAUGUGUUGGAGGAGUUUAAAAAGGAGCGUGAUGUUGGACGCAAGCCAACGAUUGGGUCUCGGAGAACAUAUAUUUACGGAAUGUAUAACUUCCUCGCAAGAUAUCAGUUUCUAAGAUAUGUCUAAUCAUGAAAGUAUCAACGAUGUGCAUGUUUGUGUCCUUAUGUUUCUCCCUUUCUUGGUAAAGUUUAAAGUUUAUGUUUAAAUAAGUCGUCCAGAACAACGCGACUGCACCUGCAUAUAUGUUUUUCUGGCGAGGCAUGUUCCACAGUUUGUCAGGGUUGGUAAGGUAACCACCAAAUAGCCAUGGACGGUGAUCCAUGUCAGCGACCAUGUUGGCUUGAACGCAUCCUUCUAAGAGCAUAAAUCGAGUGUUGUUAAUAAAAAAUUUAGUAUACAUAUGUUAGGAUAAUUUGUUGAGUGAUCUCUGUACUUGGAAUUGAACAGACGCUCUUCAUACUCCACGUCUUUUAGUUGGUUGCCUAUUAGCUAAAGAGUACAAUAAAUAUGGUUCUG